GAGAGAGAGAGAGAGAGAGAGGAGGGGGAGAGAGAGAGAACUGGAGGGCACUUGGGUCGGGUCGCGGAAGGGUGUUGAGUGUGUCUGCGCAAGCGUUUAAGCCCCAUGGACAGCAACCGCGUGCCAGUCUCGUUUGCGACCGUUCAGAGCAUAAUGCUCUCCUCUCAUUAUUGACCGGAGGAGCUCCCGUUAUCAGCAACAGCAAACAGACGACUCACUUUUGGAUUUGAUCCAGCCUUUAUUCAUGCAGGUUAGUCUCGAUGAAAAUAGGUAGGCUAAGUAAAAAAAUAACAUUUACUCGACAUGACAGAGAUGUCCGUGGAAGGCAACCUACUCUACAUUUCAAGCGGAUUUACCUGAUCUCCUGCCCAGAACUUUCCUCAUCAGGGAUAUGGUCAUCAAGCCGCUCUCCGAGGGCUGACUCCCUCUCCUCCUCUGUCCGCCGGCGUUGGAUCCUCCAGGGUCGGGUUGCUAGUUGGCACAAGUACAUUAUAAAUGUUUUGAAAUGGGGUGAAACCAGAAGGUACCUGAACUUAUCCAGGUCAUCUAUAUUUAACCAGGACAGUCCACUUGUCAACAACCGUGACUGUUUUCUGGGGAGCAGCCUAUUUUUGUUUUUCCGUUUAAAAAAGUUUUGCUGCCAACCCGUGUCCUCCUGACUGAAGCCGACUUAGGAGGGCAGACAGGCGGACUGGUCUCCAGGAGGAUGCCUGGGCAGGAUGUGUUCCAGCCGGAAAAUUCUGUGGAGCCUGCUGCUGCUGUCAGUGUUGGAGGUGGGGCUGGGGGUCUCCAGUAUCGUCCUGGGAGCCGUUGGGCUCAGCCGGGUCAGGGAGGAACACAAACCACAGCAAGGAGAUGCUUCACCUAUCUGGAGCGGCCUGUGUUUUCUCAUCUGUGGGAUGUGUGGAGUCCUGUGUGCUAGGAAGAGGACUGGACUCAUUAUGAUUCUGUUCUCUGCCUGCUGUAUCUGUGGUCUGAUUGGAGGGAUUCUCAACUUCCAGUUCGUUCGGGCAUUGUCACGACGACCGGACUCUCUCCGCUCGCUACACCUAGCAGCCAUGACCAUUGCCUGCCUGGGUAUCUCUUCCUGUACUCUCUCUACCUGGUUGACCUGUCGUCUCGCCAGUUCAGAACAACAGAGGAUGUUUCUGGAGAGAGAACACUCACUGCACCACUCACAUGAGAUGGCUGAGAAGGAACCAUACGCACACGGAUCUUUUUGUGUUUCUAACAGGAGAUCCUGGACAACUCCAGCAAUGGGAUUCCCCAGAUCUCCUACAACAGCAACACCACCUCUCUUUGACAACAGACACACAUUGUUGCCCUGACAACAGACACACCUUGUUGCCCUGACAAUGGAUACACCUCGUUGCCCUGAUAACAGACACACCUUGUUCUGCUGACCAUGGGGUGGUAUCAUCCAACAGAGCUGAGCAGCACUAUUACACAGUUGUGUGUGGAGAACUUCAGCACAGAAAUGAACGCUCUUCUUGGACAAGUUGUUACUAGUUCCGAUAGUCCUAACAGACAGUCACAUGACCUCAUGUGCAUGCAAUCAAUUUGUAAUCUCUCUCUCUCUCUCUCUCUCUCUCUCUCUCUCUCUCUCUCUCUCUCUCUCUCUCUCUCUGGCUAUAUGAAUUCAGAUAUACUGUGUUUGAAGGAAAAAUGCUAUAACUAUCUUGAUGUAGAGCAGAAUAUGGAAUGCUUUAAAUAUUAUAUAUGCAACCAACGAUGCAAACUGAAUAUCAGUGGUGGCCAACCAUCCUCCUGGAGAGCUACUGGGUUUGCAGGCUUAUGCUCCAGCCCUGCUCUAACACACAUAAUUAAGUUAAUCAAGAUCCUGGAGACUGAACACCAAGUUCUCAAGGAGGUGGGUUGGCUAACCCUGCUGUAUAUUCAUACUUGUAUAUCAGGAAAACAAACAUUAUCUAUGGAGUGACAAUAUGUUUCUUUGGGCUUCUAUAAAACACACAUAAAACUCUGUAA